AUUUUGUCAGAAUCUUGUCGAUACACUCUGCCUUUUUAUUUCUUAUAGCAAAGCCACAACUCAUCUUACUAAUAAAGGGAAUUCAACGGACGAAGAGAAAAUCAGAGAAAAAGCGAAUAAAAUGUUUAGGUCAUUCAAGAACAGGUCAGAGAAAUCUGGAAACAGAUUUGAUUUCAAGUUCUCCAACUUUCAGGUUCUUCAGGUGCCAAAAGGAUGGGACAAACUUUUUGUGUCUAUUGUGUCUAUGGACACUGGGAAAACCAUAAACAAGUCAGGGAAAGUGUUAGUGCGGAAUGGAAAUUGUCGUUGGACAGAGACAUUCUCAGAGUCAGUUUGGAUCCCAGGAGGUGAUGCUUCAAAAGGAACCGAAGAGUGCCUCUUCAAACUUGUUAUUGCCAUGGGAUCAUCUAGAUCUAGCAUCCUUGGAGAGGCUACAAUUAACCUGGUGAGCUACUUAAGUACAAAAGUCACUGUCCCACUUUCAUUACCAUUGAAGAAAUGUAACCAUGGGACAAUCUUACAGGUCAAAAUUCAAUGCUUGACACCUAGAACAAAACUCAGGGAUGAGCAGUGGAAAGAAACAGAUUUUUGUUUGGAGGAUGAGAAUCCUGACUUUGAUGACUUGGAAAACAAAUCUGAUAUUUCUGAUGGUCCAUUUACCAAGAGUGUUGGAUCAUCAUCAAGUAAUCAUUUGGAGGGUACAAGUCAGCCUGGAGAACCAUGUAGUAGGGAUACAACUCAUACAAGUUUAUCUGCAUCAGGUUCACGUCAUAGCUUUGAAUCUAUGGAUGGAUCCUUUGGCAGGGAGAGUUACUCUUCUCAGAAUGGAGCUUUGAGCAAUGCAAUUGGAAGACAAGAUUUAAGUGGUUCAUCUCAUGGAUAUUAUUCUUUUAAUGAGUUUUCAAGGUCAAAUAACUCAUCCUUUAACUCAAAGUCAAAGGUCUCUGCUUCAGGAAGUCAUCUUCAGAAUCAGAGAGAAGAAUUCAAUCGAAUUUCACAUGCUGUUCCUUUAUCACCACUACGGAAUGUUGGUUCAUCCAAGGACCAGUCGGAAGCUGCAGAAGUCAAAGUUGAGGAGCUUCGGGCAGAAGCUAGAAUGUGGGAACAAAAUGCUCGGAAGUUAAUGAGUGAUGUGGAAAAUUUGCAGAAGGAAUUAUUUGACCAGUCAUGUCUUGAAAUGGAGCUUUCAAAUUCACGUUCAGAAUGUGAUAGCUUGAAGCAGGAGGUUGAACAACUGAAGAUCUUGUCUGAGUCAUUGAAGAAACAAACUGCUGCAGAGGAUCCGAAGUUUCAGUCUAAAGAUUUGGACAGUGUUCAAAAGGAGUUGGAAAAUGAGUUGAAGUUUCAGAGGGAAGAAAAUGCUAUUUUGACCUUACAGCUGAAGAAAACCCAAGAAUCAAAUAUAGAGCUUGUUUCCAUUCUUCAGGAACUAGAGGAAAUGAUAGAAACACAAAAAAUUGAAAUUCAUAACCUUUCAAGGAUGAAAUCAGAAUUUGAGGAAUCUGGAAUGGAUGGUCAUGGAUGUGAAGACUAUGAGCAAACAAAUGCAAACAGUCAUACUUUAGCAAAAAAGGCAAUGUCCCCCUGUAAUUCUGAUCAGGAAGGCUGUACUUUUGAACACCCAACAACAAAUUUACAUUUAGGAGCUGGACCUAAUAACAACAAUGAGAACCUGAAGCUCCAGCUUCUUCAGCUGCAGGAAUCACAGAAAACUUUACAAAAUACUAUUCAGUCACUGGAGAAGGCUUUAGAAGACAAGAACCUUGAACUAGAGAUUGAACGAGGUCUGAAGAGCCAAUCUCUUAUGGAGUGUGAGGCAAAGUGGAAAUGCAGAUUGAGUGAGAGAGAGGAAAUGAUCAUUGAUUUGGAAGCCAAGUUAUCCAAUGCUCUUGAUGCACAAGGUUUGAAGGAAAUGAGUUUUGAAAAUGAAGAUAAUCGUAAUUUACCUGGAGAAAUUGAAGUUUUAAGAGUAAAGGUUCAGGAACUUGAGAGAGAUUGCAAUGAGCUUACUGAUGAAAAUCUGCAUCUUCUUUUCCAGCUCAAAGAAUCCAGGAAGGAACUUCCAUCUUGUAGUCCCUCUUCUAAUUCCCCAUUACAGCAGAGUCCUUCUGCCAAUCACUUUCAUAUUCAAUCUGUUGAUCUUGAAAAUAAAUGUGAUGAACUCAAGCUACAGUUGAAAUCUUUUGAGGAAAGAGCUUGUUAUCUUGAAAGUGAACUUGCCCAAUGUCGUGCCAGAGUUGAAGAGCAAGAAAUUGAGAUCACAGCACUGCAGCAACAGCUAGAUUUUUACAAAGGAAAGGAAACUGAGAAUAAGGAAGCUCAGAUCUCUGAAUCACUUGCUGCCAUUGAAUUGUCUAAAUUACUCACCGAUUUAGAUGGACAGAUUCAACUUUCAUUAGCCAAUUUAAAGCAAGAUAGUACUCAUUAUCAAAAUUCACACACUGGAAGUAGUUGUAGUUCUGGUAAUGUGGAGAUUUGUAAAAACACAGAUGUAAUCAGUCACAAAAUACAAGUUGAGGUUAUCUUGAACAAUUUUAUCCAGCUAAAACAGUUAUUUGAAGCAAGUAGUACAUUUUAUGGUGAUGAACUUCAGAAUAGCAAAGAAGCUAGAGCUCCAGUACGAAGUGCUGAUGCUGUCCAGAAUAUGUUGGAGGGUCAUAAUUUUGAGGAGGUUUCUUCUGGUCAGGAAGAGAGAGAUGUGGAAGGGGAACUGUUGGAAAGCAGAUCUGAGGUAGAGAAGCUUAAAGCUGACAAUUUGCUUAAAGAAGAAGAACUUGAGACUCUUAGGCUUUGUGAAAGGCAGUUAGAAACUCAGAUUUCUUCUCUUAAGAAGGAGAAAAGCCAGAUGGAGGCAAAAAUGGAAAUGAUGCUGAGAGAAAGUUCCAUUAGCAAUAUCAAUUCCCAGAUUGCAGUCAACAAUGCUCUUGCAGAUAAAUCUUCAGACAUUGAAUAUAGUACACAUGAACUGGAAGUUCAUUUAUCUGAACUAGAAGAAGAAAAUGUACAGCUAUCAGAGCGGUUGUGUGGUUUGGAAGCACAAUUAAGAUAUCUGACUGAAGAAAAGGAGACAAGUCGUUUGGAACUGCAGAAUUCAGAAUCAAAGGCUACAAGUCUCCAAGAUGAGAUGAGACAAUUAGAAACUGAAAUGGAGGCACACAGGGUUGGUAUGAGACAGAAAUUGGAGGCAAAGCAAAAGUGCUGGUUAGAAGCUCAAGAAGAGUGUGAAUAUCUAAAGGUUGCAAACCUGAAACUCCAAACUUCAACUGAAAAUCUCACUGAAGAAUGUGGUUUGCUUCAAAAAGCAAAUGCAGAACUAAGGAAGCAGAAAAAACAGUUACAUGAACAGUGUACAGUUUUGAAAGUGGAACUGAAAGAAUCAGAGAAAGUCUUUUCUAAUAUGUUGAACAGAGUCCAAGAACUUGAAGAAAGAUAUUCCACAUUUCUGGAAGAAUUUGCCUCAAAAGAGAAAGCCCUUAAUUUAGAACUGGAUGCACUUCUUGUGGAAAACAGGAAAGAGAAAGAUAAGCUUGUCACAGAAAGCAACCUGUUAAAUCAGAUGUACCUAGAGAAGACAGUUGAAAUUGAAAAUCUCCAAAGAGAGGUAUCAUACCUCACUGAACAGAUAUCUGCAACUCAAAGUGGAAAGGGGAAAACAGCUUCAGAAGCUGUGCUUGAAGUGUCUCAUUUGCAGGCUGAUAAAGCUAUUCUUGAAGGUGCUCUUCAGGAUGUCCAACAAAAACUUCAAUUAUGCGAGAGUAACCUCAAUAUCCAGCAGCUGGAAUCUGAAACAGAGGUGCAGGGGCUUAAGGAAGAGCUAGCUGUUGCAAAGCAAAAGGAAGAAAUUCUGAUGGCUGAUCAUGAAAAGCUGUUGGAGUUGUUGGAAGAAGUGAAAUCCAAUGAAGAGAAACAUAAAAGCACUGUCAGAGGGCUCGAAUUAAAACUCAAAACUUCUGAAUAUGAAAGUCUACAGUUAGCAGAAGAAGUAUCUAACCUUAAGGAUCAAUUACAGAAAAUGGCACUCCUUCAGAAUGAAAUUGUGGCUCUAAAGAGAACAAUUAAUGAGAAAACAUUCAAAAAUGAAAGGCUGGAAGCUUCAUUCCAGAUGUUAUCCAGCGACUAUGGAGAACUUCAGGCUGAAAAUACCUCAUUUCUUCAGAAAAUUUCUUGCAGUCAGGAGGCUAUUUCAGAGCUAGAUGAAUGCAGACAUAAGAAAGUUGCUCUUGAGGAAAAAGUCCUGCGCCUUCAAGGUGAUUUAACUGCAAGAGAAGCAUUGGGAGCUCAGGAAGCUGCAGUAAAAAAUGAGCUUGCCCAGAUUAGGAGAGAAAAUAGUCAAUUCCAGAGGAAGAUAAAGUGCCUUGAGAAGGAAAAGGAAGAGUACCUGAAGAGAGUUGAGUCUCCUGAAGAGGACUUGAAGCAGAUAAAGGAAGUAAAACAGGAGCAAUGUGAGUCCAUGAAGGCAAGUGUUUUGCCUGACACCAAACCCGAGAGUACAAGCACUUCUACCAAUGGCAACUUGAAUCUCUCUCCAGGGGUUGUCCACAAGCAAACCAAUGCCGGAAGUUCUCAUGUUAUAGGAUUUGAUCCUAUCUCAAAGAUUCAGUAUCUUGAGAAUGAGCUAGCAGAGGCUCUAGAGGCAAAUGACAUGUAUAAGGCCCAGCUCAGAAGCUUCUUGUCUGGGGGAGUAGGUAAAACUGUAGAAACAAAAGAUGGAUAUGAGAUCAACUAUUCAGCGUCACUUGAGGCAGAGUUGAGAGAGUUACAGGACAGGUACUUCCGCAUGAGCCUCAAAUGUGCUGAAGUGGAAGCUCAGCGGGAGCAACUUGUAAUGAAGCUUAAAGCGGCUAAUACUAAUGGUAGAAGGGGUUGGUUUUCAUAAGCCGGUUUGGAUUUCCAAACGACUUCAUCUUGCUCCAACACUGACAACCCAUAUCCUCAGGUUUUUUCCUCCCCAUAGCUUUAUGUAAAGGUCGUUGUUUAUGGAGAAUAACAUUUUUAUUGUUCUCAACUCCAACUGGGGCAGUUGAAAGUAAGGAGGAGGGGGGGUGGGGGUUUGGGUUGUCAAAACCGGCUGCUUUUAACAAUAAAAUGUGAUUAUGCCG